GAUGUGACCUGGGUGAGGUCAACCAUACUUCUGCAGAGGGUACUGUGCUUCUGCCCCCCAAAGGAUCUGUCCAUAACUCAGGAGGGUCUGUGGAACUCACACGGCUCUUGGCCUGAGCCCCCAUUACUGAGAGAAAAGAGGCUUUUGCCAAGGACUCCAAGGGGAGUGGAUACGACUCUGGUCAGGACCCAAGGCACCCAGCCCUUGCUGAGACAUUGUGUGAGCCAGGCUGGGCUUCCAGACACAGCUCCUACAGCCCCACCCCAGCCAGGGUGGUGCUUGUGUGGGAAGGACUUUAAAUCCAGCUGCCAGACCCCUGGACGGGAGAGACAGAGAGGGCUGGCCACCAUGCACGGCUCCUGCAGUCUCCCGAUGCUUCUGCUGCUGCCACUGCUACUGCUGGUGGCCACCACAGGCCCGGCUGGAGCUCUCAAGGAUGAGGAGAAACGUGUGAUGGUAGAGCUGCACAACCUCUACCGUGCCCAGGUAUCCCCGCCAGCCUCGGACAUGCUGCAAAUGAGAUGGGACGAGGAGCUGGCCGCCUUCGCCAAGGCCUACGCGCAGCAGUGUGUGUGGGGCCACAACAAGGAGCGCGGGCGGCGCGGCGAGAACCUGUUCGCCAUCACCGACGAGGGUUUGGACGUGCCGCUGGCCAUGGAGGAGUGGCACCACGAGCGCGAGCACUACAACCUCAGCGCUGCCGCCUGCAGCCCGGGCCAGAUGUGCGGCCACUACACGCAGGUGGUCUGGGCCAAGACAGAGAGGAUUGGCUGUGGCUCUCACUUCUGUGAGAAGCUUCAGGGCGUGGAGGAGACCAACAUCCAUUUGCUGGUGUGCAACUACGAACCUCCGGGGAACGUGAAGGGAAGAAGGCCCUACCAGGAGGGGACUCCGUGCUCCCAGUGUCCGUCUGGCCACCGCUGCGAGAACUCCCUCUGUGAACCUGUCAGAAGUCCGGAAGUUGCUCAGGAUUUGCCUGGCCUGGUGACUGAGGCCCCAUCCUCUCCGGCAACUGGAGCCUCCGGCUCUAGGAAAAUGGGUACUCCUUCCCUAGCAACGGAGACUCCAUCCUUCUUGGUAACAGAGGCCUCAGACUCCCCGGCAACCAAGGCUCUGCCUGCUGUGGAAACCGAGGCUCCAACUUCCUUAGCAACGAAAGACUCCCCCUCCGUGGCAACAGAGGCGCCAGCUUCUGUAACAACUCAGGUCCCUUCCAUUUUAGCAACUCACAGUCUGCUCCCCUUGGAUGAGGAGCCGGUUACCUUUCCCACAUCGACCCAUGCUCCUACCCCCAAAGCGGCAGACAAAGUAGCCAACAAAAUAAGAGCAACCUCUGUGAGUCCAGAUAAAGCUCUGCACCCCAAGAUGUUCCCAACGGGGACAGGGGAGCCACUACCCCAUACCCAGGAGGAGGCUGAGUCUGAGGCCGAGUUGCCUCCUUCCAGUGAGGUCUUGGCCUUAGUUUUUCCAGCCCAGGACAAGCCAGGUGAGCUGCAGGCCACACUGGACCACCUGGGGCACACCUCCUCCAAGUCCCUGCCCAAUUUCCCCAAUACCUCUGCCACCGAUAAUGCCAAGGGUGGGCGUACCCUGGCCCUGCAGUCGUCCUUGCCAGGUGCAGAGGGUGCUGAAGAGCCUGGUAUCAGGUCUGGACUGAACUCGGGCCCUGGUCACAUGUGGGGUCCUCUCCUGGGACUACUGCUACUGCCUCCUCUGGUGUUGGCUGGAAUCUUCUGAAGGGGAUACCCCUCAAAGGGUGAAGCGGUCAGCUGUUCUGCCAUCUCCCCACCCUGUCCCCAGCUCCUCAAACACGACGCUUCUUGGCUUAAGGCCCGCUGGAAGGGAAAGGCUACGGCGUUUGUGCACCGUCCACGGCACCCUGGAGGCACAAGGCCUAUCUGAUGACUGCACUCCAGGCCCAGACCUCUCCUGCCCCUCCCACCUGAGACCUGGGGGACAGGGGAGAGUCAGGGGAACUGACUGCCGGCUUGGCCUGGGGCUAUCUGUCUACACAGCAUGGGGGCUCUCCCUGAGUGCCUGUGUAGCUGGGGAGGGAGAUUGCAGAGGGCAGAGGAAGGACAAGCCCCACCUGAGUGGGGUUCCAGGGGUGGGGGAGGCAGGGACGAGGGAAGGGAAGUGAUCCCUGACUCUUGAAUAAAAGCCUGUC